GAUUCAGCAGACGCUUUCUUCCUUCUGUACUCACAACCGAUGCCUGGUUCCAUUUUUUGGAAUCUGGACAUAGCUCGAGAACUCGUUCGCUAUCCGCAUUCCUUCAUAGUCCAAGUCUGCUUCUGGCGCAAUUCAUGGUGUUAUUUUGGAGGGUUUGAACUGGUGUGACGAUUGGAGAAGAGAGCUAGUCCUCUAUCCUCGUAAUUACCUUUUGAAACGUCACAAUGAGAAGGCAGCACUUGAAGCAUGGAGGAGGGGGAGGAAUAAGUAGGAUGAUGAUUAAGUUGUCAGUUGCUGUUGCGGUGCUAUUGAUUUGUACAGUCUCGUUGUUGUUCUCAUCAACAUUCACUACUAGUGUUAAAUCCAACGACUCGACAGAGAUCCAUUUGGAAGAACUUUGGAGUGGUGCUGAUUCCGGUGGUUGGAGGCCAUCAUCAGUUCCCCGAUCUCAUUGGCCACCUCCUCCAAAUGAGAGCAAUGGCUAUUUGCGUGUUCGCUGUAAUGGUGGACUGAACCAGCAGCGCAGUGCGAUUUCCAAUGCUGUUCUUGCUGCGAGAAUAAUGAAUGCUACACUUGUACUACCUGAGUUGGAUGCAAAUUCCUUUUGGCAUGAUGACAGUGGUUUCCAUGGGAUUUAUGAUGUUGAAUACUUCAUCAAGACGCUGAAGGAUGAUGUAAAGAUUGUUGAAAGCAUCCCAGAAACUGUGAAAAAUGGCAAAAAGAAAAAAAUAAAAGCCUUUCAGCUUCGACCCCCAAGAGAUGCUCCUAUCAGUUGGUAUACGUCUGUUGCCCUGGAAAAAAUGAAGGAACACGGUGCCAUCUAUCUUACUCCUUUUUCACAUCGAUUAGCUGAAGAACUUGACAAUGCUGAGUACCAACGACUGAGGUGUAGGGUUAACUAUCAUGCUUUAAGGUUCAAGCCCCAUAUUAUGAAGCUAAGUCAAUCAAUAGUCAAUAAGCUUCGGGCACAAGGCCACUUCAUGUCCAUACAUCUCCGCUUUGAGAUGGAUAUGUUGGCAUUUGCUGGAUGCUUGGAUAUAUUUUCUUCUGACGAACAACAGAUAUUGAGAAAAUAUCGAGAAGAAAAUUUUGCACCCAAAAGACUUGUCUACAAUGAAAGAAGAGCCAUUGGGAAGUGCCCAUUGACCCCGGAAGAGGUGGGCCUUAUUCUGCGUUCAAUGGGUUUUGACAAUGCUACCAAGAUAUAUUUAGCAGCUGGUGAACUAUUUGGUGGGGAACGGUUUAUGAAGCCAUUUCGAAGUCUGUUUCCACACCUUGAAAAUCAUAGUUCCGUAGAACCUUCUGAUGAACUUGCUGAGAACACUAGAGGCUUGGCAGGGUCUGCUGUGGAUUACAUGGUCUGUCUUCAUUCUGACAUUUUUAUGCCAACAUAUGAUGGCCCUAGCAACUUUGCCAACAACCUCCUUGGACAUCGUCUCUAUGAGGGCUUCCGGACCACGAUCAGACCCGACAGAAAAGCUCUUGCUCCUAUUUUCGUUGAUAGAGAGAAUGGGAAGACUGCUGGCUUUGAGGAAGCUAUCAAGAGAGUCAUGCUUGCAACAAACUUUGGCGGACCUCACAAGCGCAUCACACCAGAGUCUUUCUAUACAAAUUCUUGGCCAGAAUGCUUCUGCAAAUUAUCUCCUGAUAACCCUGCUGACCGAUGUCCAUCAAAUGAUAGUUAAUUAUUUAGAACGAUCAGAUGCAGAACGAAGCAUUUAAUUACUAAAAUGCGGCAAUGUCUUCAGCAGAAAGAUGAGAGUUGCUUCUCUACUUGAGCUAAUGUUUAUAUUAUUCCCAGUGAUGAGCUGCUUUGCGCCAAGUUGAAAAGUAAUGGAUUCUUGUGAUCAGAUCCAGAAUGUCAGGUUGUCUUCUCUUUCUUUUUUAGUCUCAGAAAUUACACAUUAAUGCGAGAGAUGCUGAUUUGUUUAUUGGUCUGAGUUUCACUUGGAACAUGAAAGGAAGAUCAGAAGACACUAGUUCCUCGUGCGUUAAAAUGCUAUCAGUGUCGCCGUUGGUACUUA